AUGUCUUCUCCACGACGUAGGGUAGACCAGGAGCUGGAUGACACUCCUAGGCUUGACCCUGACGAUGUCGACGUACAAAUCGCGGUGUCAAGCGCAGUUGGUAGUGGCGCUUACUACGCCUCUAUACCUAAACUUAAAGGCUCAAGCAACUGGGCUGAAUGGGAUGAAGCUCUCAACGUUGCUGCUAUGGGUGAAUUCGUGAUCCCAAUCCUUGACGGCUUGCAACAGCCAUCUCCUCCAGCAGAACCCUGCUCAGGUACCGCCUGGAACAAUUAUGUGCAACAACUUGCAUACUGGCAACGACGCAACUACAACCUGAUGGCUGGCAUACGCAGGUCGUGCACCCCAUAUAUGGCUGAGAAGAUAAGAAGCGAAACAAUGGCCUAUAAAGCAUAUAUGACACUACACAAACACAGCCAGCGACGCGGAGCAAAUAUACUCGGCGAAAUUAUUGGUUUCACCACAGACAACCUACAGAAGCACAGUGAUGUGCAAGACUUUGUACAGGCCUUCAGGGAAAAGUUACACAAUCUUGAGCGCAUGCAACUAAACUGGACAAUGCCUAAGGAGCUCUGUCAGCUACUGUUCCUUAUCAACCUAGAUGACACCUUCAGCACCUUUCGAUCGCGAGUAUACCAACAGUACAGGAUAGCAGGCGUCGGCAAUGGUGCAGACAUCACGCUAGACCAGCUAAUAGAACUUGCCCAGGACGAACAUCAGCGUCUAGAGACCGAAAAGAGACUCUCCAGCCGCAGCGGAAGCGCAAUCGUCGAUCCUUCAGUGUACCUUGCCCAAGGCAGUACAGGCUACAAGCACAGAAGGGAUACGACAGGGGCAAACCAACCACCAUGGAAGCGAACAAAGCUCACCAAACCCAGUGACUAUAAGGGGCCUUAUCAGAAAGUCUGUACUAUACAUGGGUGGCUGCCCACCCCCGGAAGUCACAAUGACAGCGAGUGCAACACUCGGAACAAGCAACGAGCCUUGAAGGCCGCCAGAGAACAACGCCCAACAGCGUAUAACCCUGAAGCAGACAUCCCUCAAGACACUAAUGCUGAAGCGUUCCUGGCGUGGCCAGGCGCCGAGCUGGGGCUAAGCCAGCACACCCUAGAGACAGGGAUAAAAGGUGUAACUUGCGGAGAAAGGACGCGUCUCUAG